CUCACUCCUGAUACGGAGAUUGACAUACAAUGGAAUCCAUUCACUGAACUACCAGAGAGCAUAUUUCGCCCCAUACUGGAUGUCUUGUCUCAGGGAAAUGGUUUCGUCAAUGUAAAUGAAGUCACUAAGAUACGAUGCGAUUGCGGCAUGGCCUGGAUGUUGACUGCAGAAAAGUUCCAGAAGCAUGUUCGUGGGAAGUGUGAGAAUGGCACAAAAUUUGAAGACUUGAAUUUA